AAUCAAGCUCCUUCAAUGGCGGCGUUCACACUUAAGCUAAACUUUCUGGGAAAUAUUCUGGUGCGACUCGUCUCUUUCAUGGUUCUCGUUUUGCUCGCUCGUUUCGCAUACAUCUUCACUGUCAAAGGCAAAUCAUGUAACUCCGGCGACUUCUGCUUCUUGCCGGAAACUCUAACUCUCAACAUCGCCGGUUCAAAUCCUAAUUCCAUUGAUUUACCGGAUUCCGGCACCGAUAUCCGGAACUACUACUACUCUGUUUUCGAAGAUCUCAUCGCCGACGGCUUCCUCUCGCCCAACUCUCACUCUCUGUGUAUCGAAACCUUCACUGGCCAAGACGUAGAAGCAUUGAUCGACGUCGGAGUCAUAGAUUCCAUCGGCAUUUUCCACAAAUCAUCUCCGCCGUUGAUUCGAUACGGUUACGGUCAUCACCAGCCGUUCGAUGACAACACUUUCCAUUUCGAGUUCGCCGGAAAUGGAGUACUCGACCGAUCAUCAAAACCAGCGGAAUUCGCUACAGAAGUUUCUAGAACAAUGAAGCCUGGGGGUAUUUUCGUCAUUCACACUAUAUCCAAAGACGAUUACAGUCUCCAUUCGUUGAUUCAAUUGUUCACUUCCUUCAAAUUGAUCAGCUCCAUUGAAAUUGACAGUUUCGCAACAUGGCAGCCUCCAAUACGCCAAGUAAUUUUCAAAAAGGUGACACGAUUCGAACCUAUGAUCACGAAAAAUACAUGUGUUGAUUUAGAGAAAUCAAAAAAUUACUGUUAUACCCCUAGUUAUAAAAGGGAAUUAAUUCGAAAAGCAGAGUCGUUAGUGGUAAAAGAGCCAUUGAAACCAUGGAUACAAUUGAGAAAUGUGAAGUAUUUGUCUUCCAUGGUUGAUAUUAGCUUCAAGAAAAGGUACAUUUAUGUAGAUGUUGGAGCAAGGAGUUAUAGUUCAAGCAUUGGUAGUUGGUUUAAGAAACAGUAUCCGAAACAGAACAAGACGUUUGAGGUCUACGCGGUUGAGGGUGAUAGGGGAUACCACGACGAGUAUAAAAGAAAGGGUGUGAAUCUUUUGCCAUACGUAGCUUGGUUGAGGAACGAGACGUUGUUCUUUGAGAUAGGUAGGGUUCAAACUAGGAAGAACGUAGAGAAGGGUCGAGGGUUGGGGAGAGUACCAUCAGCACAAUCGUCGUUGGAUUUCAUAUGGGAUUCGAAUAGGAUUGUGGGGUUCGAUUUUGGUGAAUGGUUGAUGAGUUUGGUUGAUGAUGAAAGGGAUUAUUUGGUUGUGAAAAUGGAUGUGAAAGGGAGUGAGUUUCAUUUGAUAGAAAAGUUGAUUGAGAAUGGUGCAAUUUGUUUGAUUGAUGAGUUGUUUCUUAAAUGUCAUUAUAAUAGUAAAAGAUAUGACAAGACAUAUACACAAUGUUUGGAAUUGUAUUCUUCUCUUAGAGAUAUUGGGAUUUUUGUACAUCAAUGGUAGUUGAUUAAUGAAAUUGUAAUCUUUGAUUC